AUGGCGUGCUUGGUGGUACAGGAUUUGGAGACAGGGAAGAUCCUUUUCCAAGGGCAAAGUGAUAAUGGCCUCUAUCCUUUUCCGGUUCCUUCAUCUUCCAAGUUGUCCAAUGGUGUCUAUGCAUGUUUAGGUGUUAAGGUGGCGGAUGACGUUUGGCAUUCACGGCUUGGUCAUCCUUAUUCCAAAGAUGUUUUCAAUUAUUGA